AUGGCUGCACAAAUACCAGGAUCUGAUCAGAUAAAACAAUAUAAGGAAAUUCUUGGCGACCACAAAAAAUUUACAGAAACCUCCUUUUUGGACUAUGUUACAGACCACACAACAAAAGAAGUAAAACCUGAUGAUACCACCUUUCAGGAAUAUCAUGUGCAGCAGAACAAAGACAUGACAGCCAAAGGACUCCUUGGCCAACCAUGA